AUGCCGCUGACAGAAGAGCAAAUCAAUAUCAUCAAGGCCACCGUUCCCGUGGUUCAGGAACAUGGAAACACGAUCACGUCUGUGUUCUACAAGAACAUGCUCCACGAAAACCCGGAGCUGAACAACUAUUUUAAUACAACAAACCAACUCAAUGGCCACCAGCAAGGCGCACUGGCCCGGGCUCUCUAUGCUUAUGCCGCGAACAUCGAUAACCUCGCAGUCCUAGGGCCUGCCGUGGAGACAAUCACCCACAAGCAUGCAUCUUUGCAUAUCCUACCAGAGCACUACAAAGUUGUGGGCACUUAUCUUCUUGCCGCGAUGAAGGAAGUGCUCGGUGAUGCUCUCACACCUGACAUUCACGACGCAUGGGCUGCCGCAUACUGGCAGCUGGCUGAUCUGUUCAUCGCCAAAGAAGACACCCUUUACAAGCAAUCCGAAGGCUGGACGGAUUGGCGAGAAUUUACCAUAGACAAGAAAUUUCCCGAGUCCGACCAGAUUACUUCAUUUUACUUGAAGCCCGUGGAUGGCAAGCCGCUUCCUAGCUUCCACCCUGGGCAGUAUAUCUCCGUGCGGACAAAUGUGCCUGCCUUGAAAUACCUGCAGGCGAGACAGUACUCACUCAGUGACAAGCCCUCACCUGAUUACUAUCGUAUCAGCGUCAAGAAAGAGACUGGUCUUGAUCCCAAACACCCAGAUGCCAAGUACAACCCCGGAUGCAUCUCCAACAUCCUGCACGACAGCAAAAAGGAGGGCGACGUCAUCCAGGUUUCUCAUCCGCAUGGCGAUUUCUUCCUUGUCGAUGCAGAAUCGACUUCACCCAUUGUCUUGAUUGCAGCUGGUGUCGGCCUGACUCCUCUCACUUCAAUGUUGAACACGGUUACUUCAGGUUCGAAUGCAGACCAACGCAAGAUUCACUUUAUUCACAGCGCACGACAGGCCAAGUCGCGAGCAUUCAAGGAUCAUGUUCUAUCCUUGUCGAAGCAGCACCCAUCACUGCAAGUCACAUUCUUCAAUACUUCGCCAUCCGCGGAAGAGAAAGAAGGAGAAGAUUUCCACCACAAGGGGCCCAUUGUCAUCGACUCUCUUGCAAAGAACGGCCAGCUAUUCCUCGAUGAUGCCACAACGCAAUAUUAUAUCUGUGGCCCUGCCGCUUUCAUGACCUCCAUGGUCAAAUCGUUGGCAGAACAGGGAGUCGCCGCUGACCGAGUCCACAUGGAGCUUUUCGGCACGGGUGGCGUUCCCACGGCGUGA